CCGCCAAUGCUCAGGCUGAGGCGGGCACCGGCGCCGGGCGGGGCGGGCGGAGCCGCAGCCGCCGCCAUGGGGCUGCUCAACUUCACCCGCGACCCGGUGCCGGAGGCGGUGAGCGGCGACAUGCACAACCUCAACCAGCUCAGCGCCCAGCAAUUCUCAGCGCUGACUGAAGUGCUCUUCCGCUUUCUAACAGAGCCCAAGGAGCAGGUAGAAAGGUUUCUGUCUCAGCUCUCAGACUUUGCCGCCAUGAAUAAAAUCAGCUUGGGCCCCCUGAAAAACAUUGUCAAAAGUAUUCUUCUGGUACCAAAUGGUGCCUUGAAGAGGAAUUUGUCUUCCGAACAAGUCAGAGCAGAUUUUAUUGCUCUAGGCCUCAGUGAAGAGAAAGCCAGUUAUUUUGCAGAACAGUGGAAGGUGAAUUCCCCCACCCUAACACGCCUGGCUGUUGGUCAGACGCUGAUGAUUAACCAGCUGAUAGAUAUGGAGUGGAAGUUUGGAGUGACUGCUGGGAGCAGUGAACUGGAAAAAGUGGGAAGUAUCUUCUUACAGCUGAAACUGGUGAUUAAAAAAGGGACCCAAAUGGAAAACGUAUAUAUAGAGUUAACUUUACCCCAGUUCUACAGUUUUCUGCAUGAAAUGGAACGGGUCAAAAACAGUCUGGAAAGCUUCAGCUGAAACCGCAUGGGCCUGACCUGACGUCUGUCCAGGGUGUUUAACCUUUCCUUGUGGGCCCACAGAUCAGCUCUUUCCCAGCUGACUGUAGCACCCUUAGGAGAGAAGACAAGGCUUGUGCAACAAGCAGUGAUGUCAUGGCCCAGAAGGACUCAUCAAUCCUUCAAAUCCUGAAACUUCAGCAAGUGUUUCAAAGCAGCUACAAGUCCACUUAUCUCUUUUUUUUUCUUAAUACUAUUAUGGGAAAUUGCAGUCAGAAAUAUGUGGAUAUUUGUAUUAAAAUAGCGAAGAAAUAAACCCAUUCCCAUCCCGCUC